AUGUUCCACAUGAACAUAAAGGACCUGGCGGGUGCGUGGAUCCACGACAUCAGCACGAGCACGCCGUUCAACAGCCCCAACACCGACAGCCUGCACCUCACUCGCACCACUGACGUGCUCGUCGAGGACUACUCGUCUCACGGAGCAUCAGCAGUCUGGAGGGCGGCAGAGUGGCGUGUGUGCCAACUGCAAGUUCAUAUCUUCUUCUUUGCCUUUCUCCUUCCUCCCUUUUGUUCUCUUCACCAGCAUUGGCAGUCAGGAAAUGCACGGCAGCCUGAUGUGUGUGGCAACCGCGUUUUCAUACCUUCUCCUUUUUUCUUCCACCCUUCCCCCUCGUCCCAUUGA